UCAUCCGACGUUCACCGGUUGAGUUUCGCAUUUCGUUUUCAUUCUAGACUGUUUUUCGAAUAAUUCGGAUGCGUACGACGCGGAUACUUGGUUUUUGACGGCAUCAAGAGAAUUUUUUAAAAGUGAUUAGACUUCUUCUGAUGUAACGUUUUGUAUAUAUCUUGGUGGAGAACGGAAUAAAAUGGCUCCCAAUACCGCAGUCAUUGAGCAGAAAGUAGAGUACAAACUUGGUGAAAAGCAAGAAUACAAGACUAAAGUAGUGUGGUUCAAUGUAGUGCUCUUCUUAUACCUCCAUCUUAGUUUUAUUUACGGAGUAUACCUAGGAUUUACGGCGACUGAUGCGAGAACUUUGAUAUUUGCUUAUAUCUACGCAAAUGUUGGUGGAAUAGGUAUUACAGCUGGUGCUCACAGAUUAUGGUCUCAUCGCUCAUACAAAGCAAAAUUGCCUCUCAGAGCACUACUUUGUAUCUUUUCCAGCAUAGCUGCGCAGAACGAUAUAUAUGAAUGGUGCCGAGAUCAUCGAGUACAUCACAAGUUCACAGAAACGGACGCAGAUCCACAUAACAUAAAAAGAGGGUUUUUCUUUGCUCACAUGGGCUGGCUGAUGUGCAAGAAACAUCCUGCUGUUGCUCAAAAAGGAAAGACUGUAUAUUUGGACGACUUAUGGGCUGACCCUGUAGUUAGAUUUCAUAGACGAUUCUAUGUGCCAAUGGUGUUGCUCUUCUGCUUUAUCCUUCCAACAAUGAUCCCUGUUUGGUUUUGGGGUGAAAAUUUAUGGACCUCAUUCUUCGUAGCUGGCAUGGCGAGAUACUGUAUUAGCCUCAACUUCACGUGGUUGGUGAAUAGUGCAGCUCACUAUUUUGGUGAUCAACCGUAUGAUAAAUACAUCGAAGCCAGAGAGAACGUGGCAGUGGCCUUCUUGGCCAACGGAGAGGGGUGGCACAAUUACCAUCACGUAUUCCCUUGGGAUUACGCCACCAGUGAAUUGGGUUACACACUGAAUCUAACCAAAAUAUUCAUAGACUUCAUGGCCAUGAUUGGUCAAGCUUAUGACUUGAAGACAGCCCAUCCUGAACUAGUGAAAAAUCGCAAACUGAAAACUGGAGAUGGCACUCGACUAAAAGAAGUCGAAGAUUCCGAUGGAGACGUGUGCAAAACGUCAUAAUUCUCGUUUGUUCGUGGUAGUUCACUGGUUUGGACUAAAGUUCCUAAGCAUACCAGACGUGAACCGAUUUGCCUUACAAUGUUCUGCAUCCGAACUUUCCGGUGUAGCGAACUGAAGAAUCAAGAAUGACCGGAUCCAUUUUGGUACCCUCAAUGCUUGAAGAAACAUUUCGGAUCAAGUCUAGCUUCUACGUGAAGCUGGAACAUUUAAUUUUAAUCGUGUAUGUAUUGUGUCUGUGACAUGAAUGUAAUGUUUUGAUUUUAAUCUAUCGUGUGAUAUCAUUUCAAUUUUUCUCAAU